CACAAUGUGGCCACUUCAGUGUGCUGUCAUCAACCUUGAUGAAGUGAAAAACAGUCCUUUUGUUGUUGCUCUGUUUUCUGGAGCAAAGAAACCAAAUGAUUUGGAGUUUUUGAGGGAUUUUAUGGAGGAGCUGCAAGAACUGAUGGAAACAGGCUUUAAAGGGAAGAGAAUUGUCCUCAAAAACAUCAUAUGUGAUGCACCAGCACGAGCCCUAAUCAAAGGAAUAGUUCAGUUUAAUGGCCGCUAUGGCUGUGACUUUUGUGAUGUAAAGGGAGUUCAUGAGAGCAAAAUGCUUUUUUUGUAUAAAGGAAAUCUCAGAACCAAUGAGUCAUUUAGACAGAAGACAAAUCCUGAACAUCACAAAACAGAUAGCAUUCUUUUGAAUCUGGACAUUGAUAUGAUCAGGCAGUUCCCAAUAGAUCCCAUGCAUUGUGUAGAUCGAGGAGUGACUAAGCGAAUGUUGAUGCUGUGGAAAGAAGGACCUCUGGCCCAUAGAUUAUCAGCUGGACAUCUUAGCACCAUUACUUAUUUUCAUCAAGCUGUCCGACAUCACAUACCUCCUGAAUUCAAUAGGAAACCCAGGGGGUUAGAUGAACUGAAGCACUGGAAAGCAACUGAAUUCCGAACAUUUUUGCUUUAUACUGGACCAGUGAUUUUGAAAUAUGUUCUCGAUAAGGAGAAGUAUAUUCACUUCCUUUCACUUAGUAUUGGAAUGCGCAUCUUGUACAGUGAAAACCUAAUGGAGCAUCGUGAUUAUGCAGAUGAGCUGUUAACAUAUUUUGUUGAAAAAGGUAGCAGCCUGUAUAGCAUGAGUUUCAUCUCAUAUAAUGUGCAUUGCUUGCUACAUCUCACUGAUGUUGCAAAUUACAACAGAUCAUUACACUAUUGUUCAGCGUACAAGUUUGAGAACAAUAUGGGUCAAAUCAAGAGGUUUAUCCGCGGUUCAAGUGAUCCACUGAUUCAAGUAGCUAACAGAUUGGCAGAGAGGCAAGCAAUAUCAAGUUCUAAGAAAUCAAAUGUUACCUCUGGUACGCCAAAGACAAAAGAAUGUUACAGAAUGACCAAUGAUAGCUACUGCCUUAUACAUGGAGUUCAAGAAAAUCUGAUUUUUGUGAGUUUUUUUGCAGAAUGGAACCUUUGUACACUAAGCCAUGUGACUCCAGAAUAAUUGGCAUAUUCAAAGGAUUUCGGAAUCACACUAAAAUGUUUCAUACUGACACCACUCAACUGGGACAUAAAGCAAUCAUGAUACCUUUGUCCUUGAUUGAUAAAGAUGAAUACAAUGCGGUAGCGCCUAUACCGCUCAUGCAUUCAGUUUGAUUAGUUAGUCAAGGAAGGAACCAAAGGAAACAAAAUGCAAAGUCACCAUGGAGAAAUUGUUUGAUCUGAAUACUAAGAUACUCCAACAAAUUCAAAUGCUGGAACAGAGACAAGCUGUCAUCAUGAAUGACUUGGCAAAAGUUAAGUCUGUUCUCAUGAAGCGGGCAGAAGAAGAUGCCCAUGAGGAACUUUUUAAACAACAACAGUGCUCCAGCUUUGAAACGUUUGAAGCCUUCUUAUCGAGAGCUUUAUGUACACUAUCUCAUCCAUACUCACGGCAGCUCCAGUAUAGGUGAGAUGGUGAGACAGGCUUUAAAAAGCAUAGCGUCAGACAAUGUUCUCUGUCUGUAUAACAGAACGGGGAAAGAUGGGAAGAAGGUGUUGCCACCUGUGCUCCUGACAUGUUUGAAAAAAUGUGUCAGGUCUUUUCACAAACAAAAUGAAAUAGAGGUGAAGAAGCUAAAAGUAACCACCAGAACAACACCAGACGCGGAAUGUAUUCGCCAAGUAGAAAUUUUUUUGUCCAACGCCAACACCAGGCUGAAAAGGAAAC